AUGUCCUCUGCUGAGCUCCGCAUUCAGUUCCAUAAACCAAUUCUGGUUUUGCUCUCUGUGAAAACGAAGCGGGCAUUCAGAAUGAUGAAGACGUCAUCGCUGACGGAGCUGGAUGACGAAACGGUGCGCAGCAUGGCCAUUGGUGCCGUCUUCUCCGACUUUGGAGGAAAGAUAAACUCACUCGAUUUUCAUCGAAAGGAGGAUUUACUUGUUACUGCUAGUGAGGAUGACUCUGUGCGGCUCUAUGACAUUGCAACUGCCAAGUUGCUAAAGACUACAUAUCAUAAGAAACACGGAGCAGAUCGCAUAUGCUUUACUCAUCACCCAAGCUCUGUGAUAUGCUCUUCAAGAUACAAUUUGGAUUCUACCGGAGAAUCACUGCGGUAUUUGUCAAUGUAUGAUAACAGAUGCCUUCGCUACUUCAAGGGCCAUAAAGAGAGAAUUGUUUCAGUCUGUAUGUCUCCUAUCAAUGAUAGCUUCAUGUCUGGUUCAUUGGAUCACAGUGUCCGAAUAUGGGAUCUUCGUGUAAAUACAUGCCAGGGAAUUUUACAUCUACGUGGUAGACCUACAGUGGCCUAUGACCAACAAGGUCUUGUUUUCGCUGUAGCUAUGGAAGGGGGUGCUAUCAAAUUGUUUGAUUCACGCUCGUAUGACAAGGGCCCAUUUGAUACCUUUUUAGUUGGUGGAGAUACAGCUGAAGUUUGCGACAUAAAAUUUAGCAGCGAUGGCAAAUCAAUGCUCCUCACCACUACAAACAAUAACAUCUAUGUUCUUGAUGCCUAUGCAGGAGAUAAGCGAUGUGGUUACAGCGUGGAACCAUCUCCAAAUACGAGUAUAGAGGCAACAUUUACCCCAGAUGGCCAGUAUGUACUCUCAGGUUCUGGAGAUGGAAAUUUGCAUGCCUGGAGCAUCGACAGGCGGAAUGAGGUUGCAAGCUGGAACAGCCAUAUUGGAGUCCCAUCAUGUUUAAAGUGGGCUCCUCGCAGAGCUAUGUUUGCAGCUGCUUCGACUGUUCUCACCUUUUGGAUACCCAACGAUUCAAACGCUGCUCCUGCCGUUAUGGACACUGAACCCUCGGCAGGUACCGAAUCACAACAUCUAUUUCAAUGAAGUAGAUGCCUGAGCAUGCAGAUGGCUCUUCUGUACGUUUGUGUUGUGCUAUUAUAAUACAUCUUGUAGCGAUGUCAGUACUACAUUCAAGAAGAUGGUCAUGGUUGUUUCAGUUCGUUUUGGUUUAAAUAGGCAUCAUACUGUUCCCAAUACCAAGGUUUACGAACGUAUCAGUGUCCGAGGUUUAAAACAAUCCAGCACUUAGAUACAUCUGAGUGAAAAUCCCGCGAUAAAAUCGACCAGUGAGAAAUAAUCUAGUACAAAAACAUUAGAUUAUAUUGAUAGAAAUAUAUAGAAAUACCAAGAAUGGUCGAUUGGUGUAUCUGCGGUUGUGUGAAGUACUCUGAACAUUUGCUCAUGGGAAUAUAGCUAGCUAUCCAAUUUUUUGUUC